AUGUCUCCAUUACACUCCCAGUCUUCUCUCGAGAGCAUCGAGGAGACCUCGCAACCAAUGGAGGCAAUAAGAACCAACCAGGGUUCUAAAUCACAAAAAGGCGCAGAGACAACAAAUGAACUCCACCUCGUACAGAGUCAUCUAUCACACCAUGAUAUGCCCGUGGCCACUGAGUUCCGCGAGGUGGACGCCGAGCAAUACUUGCGCUUCUCACCACCACGUAAAGCACUCAUUGUCUUUGUGCUAUCCUUCUGCUCAUUUCUGGCUCCCAUCUCUUCAACCUCGAUCCUUUCUGGUAUUCCAGAAGUGGCAAAGACCUAUAAUACUACGGGUAGCGUCAUCAAUGCUAGCAAUGCGUUGUACUUGGCAUUUAUGGGAAUCUCUGCUCCAUUCUGGGGUCCUUUCAGUCAGGUGUGGGGACGUCGUCCAAUCUUCCUUGUCAGCGCUUUCCUUUUCUUCGCGUUUAGUAUUGGCACGGCCUUGGCGCCAAAUCUACCGGCCUACUAUAUCUUUCGAGUUUUGACAGCCUUCCAAGGAACAUCGUUCCUGGUGGUAGGAAGUUCUGCCCUUGGUGAUAUCUAUGAACCCCGGGCUCGUGCUACAGCUUUGGGGUGGUUCUUGUCCGGCACUCUCAUCGGCCCAGCUUUUGGUCCUUUUAUCGGCGGUGUCAUCGUCACAUUUUGCUCCUGGCGGGUAGUCUUCUGGCUUCAGGCUGCCCUCGGUGGCUGCGGCACACUACUCGUCUUCUUUUUCUUCCCCGAGACAUACCCCCAUCUCAACAAGUCUGACCUGACCUCCAAAACCCCGGCUCAGAAGGCCAAGUACCUAUGCCACAAAGUGAACCCUCUACGGGUUGGCAUACUCCUCUUCUCAUACCCGAAUCUCUUCUUCGCAGGCCUCGCUGCAGGGGCACUGGUCUGGAAUCAGUACUCUCUGCUCACCCCGAUCCGAUACGUGCUUAACCCACGUUUCAAUCUCACGAGCCCCAUUCAAUCAGGCCUAUUCUAUAUUGCCCCCGGAUGCGGAUAUCUAGUCGGGACAUUCAUGGGCGGUCGAUGGGCUGAUCACAUUGUGAAGAAAUGGAUUCGCAAGCGUGGAGGUGUCCGUGUACCCGAGGACAGACUCAAGUCUUGUCUCGUGUUUAUCACAUUUGUCAUUCCAGGAUGCAUCCUCGUCUAUGGCUGGACAGUCGAAAAGGCCGUUGGCGGUAUUCCUGUCCCCGUGUUGGCUAUGUUCCUUCAGGGUGUGGGGCAGCUCUUUUGCUUCCCCAGUCUGAACACCUACUGUCUGGACGUGAUGCAGUCUAGUGGUCGAAGCGCAGAGGUUGUAGCGGGAAACUACAUGUUUAGGUAUGUCUUUGCGGCGCUGGGCUCUGGCACCGUUCUUCCUGCCGUGGAAGCUAUCGGCGUUGGGUGGUUCAGUACGAUCAGUGCGAUUUUCUUGGUUGUCUCUGGUCUGUGUGUGUGGGCCACUACUAUCUUUGGUGAUAAGUGGCGGAAUCAAGUUGAUGAGAGGAAUCAACGCAAGGAGCAGAAAAAGGUACAGGAGAAUCAUGUUGAGCGUGAUAUUGAAAAGACUGGGGUUUAA